UCUGCCUUUAAGGACUGCGUCACAACAAGCUGUCCGAAUCAUGAAAACAAAAUUUCCAAGCAAGAGGGACUUCAGUUUGUUGCUAAUAAAUCAUGUGUGAAAGGAAGCCACAGUGAGAAAAUGGCUUCUCACAACUCAAAGACUGGCACAAAGAUAAAUGUUGCAAAGGCAGCGGAGGAAUCCAGUCCAGUGGAUGAAUAUGUCACACCUGGGGGCUAUGAGCUGGAGAAAAUCCUCAAUCGUGGGAGUGUGGCUUACACUCAUGUCAACGAGGUCUGGCCUAAUGUCUACAUCGGGGACGAGGAGACUGCAAAGGACAAGUAUAAACUGAAGAGGAUGGGGAUUACGCACAUUUUCAACGCAGCGGAGGGUACGUGGAACAACGUGGACACCGGAGCUGGUUACUACAGCGACAUGGACGUCGUCUACUAUGGAGUGGUCGCAGAGGACGUCGCAACCUUUGACCUCAGCCAGUAUUUCUUCUCUGCUGCAAAGUUUAUAGAAAAAACACUGAGCAAUCCCCAGAAUAAACUGCUGGUGCACUGUGUGAUGGGAAGGAGUCGGUCCGCCACCCUUUUCCUCGCCUACCUCAUGAUCUGCGAGCACAUGACGGUGGUCGACGCCAUCGAGCAUGUGAAGAAACGCAGGAGGAUCGUCCCCAACUGGGGUUUCCUGAAGCAGCUGAGAGAGCUCGACAUGCUGCUCCUGGAGAAAAGAGAAGACUCGACAGAGCAGAGCAGAUGUUAGCACUCGGGGGCAAGUUGAGACUCAGGUCGAGCCUGAAGUCACUGGAGACGAGUUCAAGUCGAGUGCCAAGUAAUUUGAGACAAAGCAAUUAAUGUAAUUUAGGUCGCUGGUCAUUCAAGUCCAAAUCACAUCACAAGCCAUUCAGUACAAGUUAAAUAAAAGUACUUUGAGACAUGAUCAAGUUAAAACUCAAGUCAGAAGUCCAGGUCAAGUAAAAAGUCAUUUGAGACAACUUAGACUUAAAUCUCAAGUCAUUAAAGACAAGUCAAAAUUUUAUUAAAGCGAAUUUAAAGCCAAGUCUCAUGUCAUUCAAGACAAGUCCAAUUAAAGUUUCACGUAAUCCGAGACAAUUCCGAGACGAGUCUCAAGUAAUUUGUGAAAGGUCAAGUCUCAAGCCGAGUCUCAAGUCAUAUGAGACUAAUCUAAGUCAGGUCAAAAGUAAUUUGAUACGAGACCAAGCUGAGGCUCAAGUAAUUUGACAAAAAUUCAAGCCAAAUCUCAACUAAUUUCAUACAAGUCCAAGUCAAGUGCCAGGUCUACAGAGACAAGUCUUAGUUAUUCAAGACAAGUCCAAUUUAGGUCUCAAGUAAUUUCAAACAAGUCCAAGUUUAGUCCCACCUAAUUUGUGAAAAAGCCAAGUUUCAAGUCAAGUUUCAAGUCAUUUAAAACAAAUCUGAGUCAGGUCAAAGGCAUUUUUCUAAACUUUCAACCUGAAAGUCUUGCAAUCUGUGACAAGUUCACAUCAAAUCCCAAGCCAAUUGAUACAAGUCUGAGUCAAGUGCCAGGUCUAUCACAGCGAGCAAUUAAUUUAAGACAAGUCCAGGUCUCUAGUAAUAUGUUAAAAAGUAAAGUCUCAAGACAAGAUUCAAGUCACUGAAGAGAAGUCAACUGAAAGCAAUGUUAGAAAAAUCCAGAUUAAGUAUUCAGUCUACUGGUGUCUAUCUGAUCAACUCUCAAGUCAUUUUACAAGUCCAAAUUGUAAGAUAAGUUACAAUAUUUCAGGUGCUGAAUGCUGUUGGUGUGCAUUUUAAGUUGUGUACACAGUUUUUUUCCCCAAGAAAAUCAAGUCUGAAUCAAGGGCGGUCAAGUUUCUGCAGAGUAAACGGCUGCCUGGA